GUUUUGACAUGUCACUAGAGCAAAGCCACCCGUCCGAUCAGAAGUAGAGAGAGUAGCUGCAUGCCUCGCACAUGUCACAAGUAGUACAAGCCAGACUCCGAGCCGAAUUACAGCGUCUGGACAAAACAAAGCAUUUGCCCUAACAUUAUGCAAACCGCCUAAAGUUGUGCACUUCACUUGAAUUGAAAGAUGUCGUCGAUCCGUUUGUCUUUGGCCGGACGAAGCGGCGCUGACAGCGGACUGAGCGGAUAAACGGGACUGAAUGUGACGGCUAGUCGCGUCGGUGAAUGAAGAAGCACCAGCCGUUCGCUUCGAAGCAAAACACGUCCGAACAUGGCUGACAGAACAGCUCCGAACUGUCAUCUACGACUCGAGUGGGUUUACGGCUACCGGGGACACCAGUGCCGCAACAACCUGUACUACACGGCCGCCAAGGAGAUCGUGUACUUUGUCGCCGGCGUCGGAGUUGUGUACAACACACGGGAACACAAGCAGAAAUUUUAUUUGGGACAUAACGAUGACAUAAUCAGUUUAGCCCUGCAUCCAGAGCGAGUGCUGGUGGCCACAGGACAGGUCGGAAAGGAGCCGUAUAUCUGUGUGUGGGACUCGUAUACUGUGCAGACGGUGUCCAUAUUGAAGGACAUGCACACACAUGGUAUCGCCUGUCUUGCCUUUGACCUUGAUGGACAGUGUUUGGUGUCUGUGGGCUUGGACUCUAAAAACACAAUCUGUGUGUGGGACUGGAGGCAGGGAAAAGUUCUGGCAGCUGCUCCUGGUCAUACAGACCGGAUAUUCGACAUAUCGUGGGACCUGUAUCAACAAAGCAAGCUAGUGAGCUGUGGAGUCAAACAUAUCAAGUUUUGGAGUCUUUGUGGAAACGCUCUGACCCCUAAGCGUGGCGUGUUUGGGAAGACUGGAGACCUGCAGACUAUCCUCUGUCUGGCCUGUGCGAGAGACGAGAUCACAUAUUCAGGUGCCUUGAACGGAGACAUCUAUGUCUGGAAGGGAAUCAAUUUAAUCCGGACGGUUCAAGGGGCUCAUGGGUCUGGUAUUUUCAGCAUGAAUGCGUGUGAAGAAGGCUUUGCCACGGGAGGCAGGGAUGGGUGCAUCCGGUUAUGGGACCUGAACUUCAAACCCAUCACCGUCAUUGACCUCAGGGAAACAGACCAGGGAUAUAAGGUAGCUAGAGGUGAAAAUUCAAGAGGCCUGUCAGUGCGUAGCGUGUGCUGGAGAGGGGAUCACAUUCUGGUGGGCACACAGGACAGUGAGAUUUUCGAGGUGGUGGUGCACGAUCGCACCAAGCCCUUCCUUAUCAUGCAGGGUCACUGUGAGGGCGAGCUGUGGGCCCUGGCGGUUCAUCCGACCAAACCUCUCGCCAUGACCGGCAGCGACGACCGCUCUGUUCGGAUUUGGAGUCUCGUAGAUCAUGCGCUAAUAGCACGCUGCAACAUGGAGGAGCCAAUACGCUGUGCUGCUGUUAGUACGGAUGGUAUCCACCUCGCUCUGGGGAUGAAAGAUGGAUCCUUCACAGUGCUGAGAGUCAGGGACAUGACGGAGGUUGUCCACAUUAAGGACCGUAAAGAGGCCAUCCAUGAACUCAAGUACUCCCCUGACGGGGCGCACCUAGCCGUGGGCUCUAACGAUAACUCGGUGGACAUCUACGGCGUUGUGCAGCGCUAUAAGAAGGUGGGCGAAUGCGUGGGCUCCAGCAGCUUCAUCACACACAUGGAUUGGUCCACCGACAGCAAGUAUCUACAGACCAAUGACGGGAACGGUCGACGGCUCUUCUACAGGAUGCCCAGUGGCAAGGAAGUGACCAACAGAGAAGAGCUGAAGCUUGUCCAGUGGUCUUCGUGGACUUGUGUCCUCGGGCCGGAGGUGAACGGGAUCUGGCCUAAAUACUCUGAUAUCAAUGACAUCAACUCUGUAGAUGCCAACUUCAAUAGUCAAGUUUUAGUUACAGCGGACGAUUAUGGAUUAGUUAAAUUAUUUCGAUACCCAUGUGUAAGAAAAGGUGCUAAGUUUAAAAAAUAUUUAGGACACUCAGCACACAUAACCAACAUCAGAUGGUCACAUGAUUAUCAGUGGGUGAUUACUAUUGGUGGAGCCGACCACUCAGUGUUCCAGUGGAAGUUUGUCCCUGAAAGGAAAUCAAAAGAAACUCUUCAUAUAGCUCCUCAAGAGACAUUAGUAGACUCACACAGCGAGGAAUCUGACUCGGAUCAGUCAGACGUGCCUGAGAUGGAUUCUGAAAUCGAACAGGAAACACAACUUACUUACAGACGACAGGUUUACAAAGAAGAUCUACCUCAGCUUAAAGAGCAGUGUAAGGAGAAGCAUCGUGCCAUGGCCAUGAAGAAGAGGGAAAGAGCUCCAGCCAGUGGAUUGAGGUUGCACUUUAUUCAUGGUUACAGAGGUUAUGACUGCAGAAGUAACCUCUUCUACACCCAGACCGGUGAGAUUGUGUAUCAUGUGGCAGCUGUGGGAGUGGUGUACAACAGGCAGCAGAACACACAACGCUUUUACCUGGGCCACGAUGAUGACAUCCUCUGUCUGGCCAUCCACCCCGUCAAAGACUAUGUAGCCACAGGCCAGGUGGGCCGUGAUUCUUCUAUUCAUAUAUGGGAAACAGAGUUUUUGAAGCCACUGUCUGUUCUUAAAGGAUUCCACCAGUUUGGGGUGUGUGCACUUGACUUCUCAGCGGAUGGGAAGAGGCUGGCUUCAGUAGGUCUGGAUGACAAUCAUACCAUCGUCCUUUGGGAAUGGAGAAAAGGAGAAAAGCUCUCCACCAUCCGGGGAAGCAAGGACAAAAUAUUUGUCAUUAAAAUCAACCCGUACAUGCCAGACAAACUGAUAACCGCUGGAGUGAAACACAUGAAGUUUUGGCAUAGAGCAGGAGGUGGACUGAUUGGGAAGAAGGGGAGCAUGGGAAAAACUGAAACCAUGAUGUGCGCUGUAUACGGCUGGACAGAAGAAAUGGUGUUCUCAGGAACCUGCACUGGAGACAUCUGCAUCUGGAGAGAUAUGUUCCUGGUGAAAACUGUCAAAGCUCAUGAUGGGCCUGUGUUUAGCAUGCACGCCCUGGAGAAGGGUUUUGUGACUGGCGGAAAAGAUGGAAUAGUGGCUUUGUGGGACGAUACAUUUGAGAGAUGCCUCAAGACAUAUGCCAUAAAACGAGCGGUGCUGGCCCCAGGCUCCAAAGGUUUGCUUUUAGAGGACAACCCCUCCAUUCGUGCCAUAUCUUUGGGUCAUGGGCAUAUUCUUGUAGGAACAAAGAACGGAGAGAUUCUGGAGGUGGACAAAAAUGGGCCCAUCACUCUUUUGGUUCAGGGUCACAUGGAGGGUGAGGUCUGGGGUCUUGCCACUCAUCCGCAUCUGCCACUAUGUGCCACUGUGAGCGACGACAAGACUCUGCGCAUAUGGGAUCUCUCCCCCAGUCACUGCAUGCUCGCCGUACGCAAACUCAAGAAAGGUGGGCGAUGUUGCUGCUUCUCUCCGGAUGGGAAAGCCCUGGCUGUGGGCCUCAACGAUGGCAGCUUCCUCAUCGUCAACGCAGACACUCUAGAAGACCUGGUGUCAUUUCAUCACCGCAAAGACAUCAUAUCAGAAAUCCGCUUCUCCCCUGUUACAGGGAAGUAUUUGGCUGUGGCGUCAGGUGAUAGCUUUGUGGAUAUUUACAACGUGAUGAGCAGCAAAAGAGUUGGUGUGUGCAAAGGCUCCAUGAACUACAUCACCCAUCUGGACUGGGACAAGAGAGGGAAGCUUUUGCAGGUCAACACUUCGGCAAAGGAGCAGCUAUUUUUUGAGGCUCCUCGUGGGAAGAAGCAAACCAUUCCUGCUACAGAGGUGGACAAGAUCGACUGGAGCACAUGGACGUGUGUGCUUGGAACUUCCUGUGAGGGAAUUUGGCCUGUGGUCAGUGAAGUUACCGAAGUUACUUCCGCAUGUCUUAGCAAUGACAGGAAGUUGCUAGCAACUGGGGAUGACCUUGGUUACGUCAAGCUCUUCAAAUAUCCAGUCAAGGGAAAAUAUGCGAAGUUUAAGCGGUACAUGGCCCACAGUACCCACGUGACUAAUGUGCGCUGGUCGCAUGACGACUCUUUGCUGGCGUCGGCCGGUGGCUCUGACACCUGUCUGAUGAUCUGGAGCCAUGAGACCGAGGGCUGCCGAGAGGCCAGACAGUGUGACAGUGAGGAGUCAGACAUUGAGAGCGAAGAUGAUGGAGGGUACGAUAGUGAUGUAACUCGGGAAAAUGAGAUCAUCUAUGUAAUCAAGGCCUUAUCCACAAACGUGCGACCCAUGACAGGGGUCAAACCCCACUUACAACAGAAGGAGCCGUCGGUAGACGAAAGACCCCCCGUGAGCAGGGCACCACCAAUGCCAGAAAAACUACAGACUAAUAACGUGGGCAAGAAAAAGAGACCCAUUGAGGACCUGGUGCUCGAACUGGUGUUUGGUUACCGAGGCAACGACUGCCGUAACAAUGUGCAUUACCUUAAUGAGGGGGCGGACAUCAUUUACCACACUGCCUCAGUAGGGGUCGUCCUAAACUUAACAACAGCCUGUCAGAGUUUCUAUAUGGAACACAGUGAUGACAUUCUGUGCCUGACUAUUAAUCAGCACCCGAAGUUCCCCAACGUGGUGGCAACUGGCCAAGUAGGUGAUGCUGGUGAUAUGUCAGCCACAUCUCCUUCUAUCCAUGUGUGGGAAGCCAUGAAUAAACAGACCCUCUCUGUGCUGCGCUGCCAUCAUUCUAGGGGCGUUUGCUCUGUAAGCUUCAGUGCCACUGGCAAACUGCUGCUUUCUGUAGGUCUGGACCCUCAGCACACCCUCACCAUCUGGAAGUGGCAGGAAGGUGCCAAAGUAGCAAGUCGGGCUGGUCACACCCAGAGGAUCUUUGUGGCAGAGUUCCGGCCUGAUUCGGACACUCAGUUUGUGUCCGUGGGAAUAAAACACGUGCGGUUCUGGACACUGGCUGGCAGGGCUCUGCUUAGUAAGAAAGGAGUCCUCAGCUCCAUUGAGGAUGCUCGUAUGCAGACCAUGCUCUCAGUGGCAUUUGGAGCUAAUAACUUGACAUUUACAGGUACCAUUAGUGGAGAUGUGUGUGUAUGGAAGGAACACAUUCUAGUGAGAAUCGUGGCUAAGGCUCACACUGGACCUGUGUUCACCAUGUACACCACAUUACGUGACGGGCUCAUCGUGACGGGAGGCAAAGAACGACCGUCUAAGGAUGGUGGUGCGCUGAAACUGUGGGAUCAGGAGCUGAAGCGAUGCAGAGCCUUCAGACUGGAGACGGGUCAGAUCAUAGACUGUGUGCGCUCUGUCUGCAGAGGGAAGGGGAAGAUUCUCGUAGGCACUCGGAAUGCUGAGAUCAUUGAGGUUGGUGAGAAGAAUGCAGCGUGUAACAUUCUGGUUAACGGCCACAUGGAUGGUCCUAUCUGGGGAUUGGGAGCUCACCCCACUAGAGACGUCUUCCUGUCUGCUGCUGAGGACGGCACUGUGCGCCUCUGGGAUAUUUCAGAGAGGAAGAUGCUAAAUAAAGUAAACCUUGGUCAUCCUGCACGUGCGGUCAGCUACAGCCCAGAGGGCGACAUGGUGGCCAUCGGCAUGAAGAACGGAGAGUUCAUCAUCCUACUCGUUACCUCACUCAAGAUCUGGGGGAAGAAGAGAGAUCGGCGCUCUGCCAUACAAGACAUCAGGUUCAGUCCAGAUUCACGCUACCUGGCUGUGGGUUCCAGUGAGAAUGCAGUAGAUUUUUAUGACCUGACGUUAGGACCGCAGCUCAACCGCAUCAACUGCUGUAGGGACAUCCCUAGCUUUGUCAUGCAGAUGGAUUUUUCUGCUGACAGCUGCUUUGUGCAGUUGUCUACUGGUGCUUAUAAACGUGUAGUCUAUGAGGUGCCUUCUGGAAAGCAGGUCACUGAGCAAGCAGUGAUAGACAGAAUAACCUGGGCCACAUGGACAAGUGUCCUCGGGGAUGAGGUGGUGGGGAUCUGGUCCAGGAACACAGAUAAGGCAGACGUAACCUGCGCUUGUGUGUCUCACUCCGGCCUCAACAUCGUCACAGGCGAUGACUUUGGAAUGGUAAAGCUGUUCGACUUUCCGUGUCCAGAGAAAUUUGCCAAACACAAACGUUUUCUGGGCCACUCGGCCCACCUGACCAACAUCCGCUUCACCAACGGGGAUCGCUUUGUCGUCAGCGCCGGAGGCGAUGAUAGAAGCCUGUUUGUGUGGCGUUGUGUUCACACUCCUCACUGAGGUUAUGCUGUCUCCUCUCUGCUGCCUCAAAACCAUCACAAGCCCAGCUGACAGCACGAGUGAACCGACUCGUGGAAUGAGGAACAUCAGACAGUGGAUGUCACAGUCUUCACUACCCGUCUGCUCCGUGACCGGAUGCAUGCAUCUUAAUGAGCCGUCACCCAUACCUGAACUCAACCGUUUUUGAAUGAUAGUUGGGCCAAAGUGUCACAUGACCCAACGUACAGUAAAAGAUCUGUCAGAUGUGUAUGUGUUUACCCCUUUUCUUUAAAAAAAAAAAAAAAAAAUCCUGAGCUACAAGUUGCAGAACGUAAUUUAUUUCUGUCUGUAUCAAGAUUUUCAAAUUUUUAAGAUUUUCUUCCAAAUGAAAAAGAACUUGUAGCAAGCUAAGUACGAUUAGCCUUAAACUACCUGUGUUUUUGUUCAUUUAGGUGUGUUUUUUUUUGUUGGAGAUUCUCGUUUUAUAUUCUACCUUAUUGUUUUCUGAUGUAUUUAUGUUGAUUUGGUUUGGUGGUUCUUUUCGAGGUUUAUUAGAUCUCCUGUGGCCUUCUCCCUGAAUGUAACACUGGCGUUAUAUUCUAGGAUGUCAGCAUGCCAAAGCAUUCUAUGCACUGUAUACUUGACCUGCUCACUGUGGUAGUCCAGUGGUCUUUUAAUGUUGAUCUUGAACGUGGUCUCCCUAAACAGUAGAUGACACUCCUAACCUCAUAUGUAGCAACUUUAGCUCGAUUAGUAAACUUGAGAUGUCCGUUUGUGCGUCUGUGCGAGUAGGUAUGAACCGUAUGCUUUGUGUUUCUUGUCUGAGAUCGAAGUUUAAAAGAAAAAAAUGGUAAUGCAAUCCCUCAGAAAAUGAAUGAAAAGAGUUUGUUUCAAUGCUGUCUUAUCUGAAAUCACUGUUCAUCUUGCUGCUGAAGCCUUUAUAACAUCACAUUCAUUCUGGUUAGGAAUUAAACUUUUUUUUUAAUUAUUAUUGUUUUUAUUUUCAUUUCAUUUUACUCAGCUGGAUUGUGGAGGCACAGAGUGAACUGAAGAAUGAAAUGCAACAUUUUCUCUCCUUCAGUAUCAUUCUGAUUGAAAGAGAUGUAUUUAAUUCAUAUUUUGAUUUUCUUGUUAUCAAUGUAAAUAUCAUUUGUAAAGACAUUCUUUUGUAUAUUUUUGUGAAAUGUUUCUUAAAAGCCAAGUUUAAUAAAAAAAGAUGUACAUAUAUAAAUGACAUGCUCAUGUAAAACGCUG